GUAGAUAAAUUACAUUCAUCUGCGAGCCACACUGCGCAGGUACAGAUGUAGAAAUCGAAUGAUUGCCCUGCAGGUGUUCGACCCACUGCCGACACACCUGUGCCAUCUGUGAACUUUAGCUCUCUUCUAGCCAUUUGCGUUAAUUCAGAGAACACCUUUACUUCACCGCACAACUUCAAACUCUUUUACUUUCCGAGUGAUAUUGUUUUGUGUUCGAUAAGACGAUAAUCGCAGCACAAGAGGGUCUGCUGUUGUAACCGAUCUCGCGGGGGUAAACAACAAUGCGGAAUUUUAUCUGAGGAAAGUUUGAAAUUCCGUUAAAAAGGAAGGACUUUUAUAGCUUGAGUGUUUUGGUGAAAUGUUGUGGAGAUAUGAGUAAGAAAUUUUGUAUUUUACGCACUUUUUAGAUAUAAAGACGGAUAUGAUGUAAGGUCCAUUCAGACUGAGAAGUACUUAACGAUGUUUCGAAGGCGGCAAAAAAUCCUCGCGCCGCUACUGUUCCUCCUCAUCUUCCUUUUCUUGCGCCCUGCCAACGACGUCAAAAUUAGUCAAAAACGUAUCAUCCAAGAAAUUCAAGGCCAUGGAGUAGUCGCUGAGGAAAGCGCGGAUCAAGAUAUCGUUUUCGACGAGAUUAACGCCGAUUCCGCGAGGCGAGAAGAGGACGACGGGCAGUUCCCUUUCAGAUUUCUCAUCGACGAGCCUCACUUCUGCGCCGAGGACCUUCUCGUCUUGAACAUGAUGCCGGUGAGCGUGGGCGACGCCGAGGCCCGGGCGCGGGUGAGGAGGAUGUGGGGAGCCAGGGAGGUCGUGGCCUCGACCAGGCUCCGGCCUCUGUUCCUGGUGGGGGAGUCCCGUGACGCCGAGCAGCAGCGCCGCCUUCAGGACGAGAGCGAGGAGUACCACGACGUGAUCCAGGUGGGCUUCGUGGACUCGUACCUCAACCUGACGCUGAAGACCCUGUCGGCGCUGCACUGGAAGCACACGCGCUGCCGCCACGUCCCUUGGCUGCUCAAGAGCGACGCCGACGUCUUCAUGAACCCUUGGUCCGUCUCGGAAACCCUUCAAAAAGCAACCGAGGACAUUGUCUGCCGCGUGCUGUAUGCCAGAAUCGUGUGUCGACCUCACACCUGCAAAGACAAGAGAUGGAUCAUCCCACCAGAGUUAUAUCCCCACGACCAUUACCCCCCCUACUGCAACGGCCCGGUCUACGCCGUCAACCAGAAUUUCAUCCAAACAGUCCUACCCGCCGCGUCUGCCAAAAACCCUUUCCCGAUGGAGGACGCCUACUUCACGGGCAUCCUCGUCCAGGGCACAGGUCUCCGCUACAAGGACAUCGCCAAACGCUGCCAACUCUACCACCUGCGAGAGCCUCCCCACGAAACCAUUGCCAGCGGGAAUAUGCUCUUUGUUGUCAACCCAGAAGAGAAAAGCGGGCGACGGUACACGCUCGAAGACCUCUGGAAGAGACUCAAGGCUUCGCGACUCUCACACAGGGGGUAGGGUUAAGUUUAGUAGGGCUUGGAGUGCUGUUCUCUUCUGUUUCGUGUAGAAGUGUUUUUGAAAGAAAUAGCAGAAGGAUGCUUUUCUUAUUGCUGAUAUAAAAUUGCUAUUAUUACUAAGAGUAACAAUGAAAUAGUAGUAGUAGUAACUACUUUGGUAUUGUUGCUAACAUAUUAUCAUUUUCUUUAUCAUUACUGU